AUGAACUACCUUGACACGUACGGAAUUUCUGGGACAGGAACGGUCACACCUACCAAUGAACACCAGCAGCCUGAGCAAAGCCUCAACGAGGAGGUCAACCAGGUGAUAGGCCAGCUUGGGCGCUUCUGGGGCGGUUUCAGGAAGCAGAGUGAAGCUGCGAUUGCUACGGCGCGCAAAGAUCUCGGUGGUGUCUACACUCAAGCACAGAAGGAGCUCGGACGCCUGGCUACCGCUCCUGAUACUGUGCCAGCGUCUGUGGAUGGAGAAACAACGCCUACGGAAUCACGCACAGGAGAAUCGUCAGCAGCGGCAGAAUCGGAACAGGAAAGUAGCGAUGUGGACACGACAGCGACGACGACCACCGAGCCACCGACGUCGCCCACAACCACCUCUUUCUUCGCCCGACUGCAGUCCUCGCUCCCACCGGGCAUCGUCGACACGAUCCAGACGGGUAUCCCAGAGCGCAUCCGCACCAACGCGCAGUCGAUCGACUGGUCGCACCUCCAGAGCGAGUUCCAGCGCGUGCAGGGCGUCACGCGCGCGCAGGCGGAGGAGUACGUGCACCGCAGCGAGGCGUUGCUGCGCGAGGCGAUGAAGGAGACGCGCGAGUUCCUGAACGAGGCCGUCAAGGUCGUCCCGCCCGAGGAGGCGGACCCCUCGGCGGGCAUGAUCUGGGACGGCACUGAUCUGUGGAUGCUGCCGAUGCCCGCGUAUGAUAUCAAGGGCAAGGGCAAGGAGACGGACGAAGGGAUAUCGUCGUCGCGUCCGUCGGAAGAUGCGCAGCGUGCUGUCGCUACGAGGGCGGAGGCGCUCUUGAGGAAGCUGAGGAGUGAUCCUGAGAUUAUCAGUAUGGACCCGGAGAAGGAGGCGUCGACGAGGCAGCUGUAUGAGGCCUGGCUGCAGGAUAUCGAGUCUAAGGGCGAGAACGCUGGCACGCAGACGUGGAAGGAGCGCAUUGAGACUGCCCUCGCAUCGCCUCAUGAUGGCCCUUCGCUGAAGAGUACCUUUGACUCCCUGGUUCCCUCUCAGCUUAGUGAGGAUAUAUUCUGGCAGAGAUACUUCUUCCGCGCCCGUCAGAUUGAGGAAGAAGAGACGAAGCGCAGGGCGAUUCUGCAACAAACAACUACUCAGAACGACGAAGAUUUUAGCUGGGAAGACGACGACGACGAAGAGGGUGCUGCCAAAGCGCCCGAUGCCGUCAAAUCAUUAAACUCAUCUGAAGGAACUCUCAAGGUCAAGGCCGCGGUUGAACACACAUCCCCGACUCCUGCUACCAACAGCACCCGCGGAAGCAGCGAUGAGAGCUACGACGUCGUAUCCGAGCAGGUUAGCAACGCUGGAGAUGUGCAGGAUGCAGGGAAGAAUGUCGAGCCACCAAAGGCUGAAGUGAAGGAAGAGAAGAAAGACGAGAAGAAGGAUGCAAAGACGAAAGACGACGAUGAGGAAGAGGACGAUGAUGAGGAAGAGGACGAUGACGAGGAUGACGAGGACGAAGAGGACGAUGAUGAUGACGAUGAUGAUGAGGACGAGGAGGAUAGCGACUGGGAAUGAGUGCGGACAUGAUACCCUGCUGAACACGAUGGGAUGUAGUGUAAUUUUAUUCUGUAUGACGAUAUGCGUAUGUCAUUGCUUUGAUUAUCAUCAAGUUUCCC